CCUUUUAGCCUGGAUGGUGAGAAAGAUGGUAGGCUGGCAGACGCAUGCGCGUGUUGUCGGUGACGCGUAAUUGGCUGUAGGCUGAGGGGGAAGAUCGCGUGAAGGGACAGUCACUCUCUGAAUCUGACUAUCCAGCCAGCCGCGGAAGAGAUUGCGGAACCCUGCGCGGAACUGAUUGAUGCCUUUUUGUGACUGGGUCUCAUAUACUGGCUGCGAAAUGAUCUGGAUGUUCUUUUAGUCGAGGCUAACAACUUAGCAUACGUAGUUAACUUAGGAGAUGCCUUGAUGACAGCCUGUCGUCUCUAACUGAAGUAUAAACAUGAAAGUGUGGAUCCGUCUUGAAGCUGUUACCCAGCUAUCUGUGUAGUCAUAGCUGCAGUUCUCAGUUCCCGAUUUUCAGUCAGUGCCGGGGGUGAAGGUCUUUACGUGAAUUUAUGUCGCCAUGGAGAACACGGGCUGUGUUAAUAUUUGUAGCCUGACCAGCACCCUGCCGGUAAUCCCCUACCAGAAGCUGACGGACCUGCACUACCUGAGCAGAGGCGGCUUCGGGACCGUCUUCCGGGCGCAGCACUGCGACUGGCGGACGACGGUGGCCAUUAAGUGCCUGAAGCUGGACUCACCUGUAGGCGAAAGGGAGAGAAAUUGUCUCUUAAAAGAGGCGGAGGUUCUCCACAAGGCCAGGUUCAAUCACAUCAUCCAGAUCUUUGGCGUAUGCAACGAGCCGGAAUUCUUCUGUAUCAUCACAGAGUACAUGAGCAAUGGCUCCCUCGAUCAACUGCUGCAUGAGAAGAACCUAUAUCCCCACCUGGAAUGGUCUCUGCGUUUGCGUGUCUUGUACGAAAUCGCUCUGGGGGUCAACUUUCUGCACAACAUGAGUCCUCCUCUGCUGCACCAUGACCUGAAGACACAGAACAUCCUCCUGGAUGGGGAGUUUCAUGUAAAGAUAGCAGAUUUUGGGCUCUCAAAGUGGCGUCAGCUGUCCAUCAGCAAGACUUCCGGCUCCAAGGGGCCAGAGAUGGGGGGAACGGUCAUUUACAUGCCGCCUGAGGAGUACGAGCCUUCCAAGAGCCGGCGUGCUGACGUGAAACACGAUAUGUACAGUUAUGCAAUCAUCAUGUGGGAAGUGCUGUCUCGACGGAUACCAUUUGAAGAGGCGGUAAAUCCCAUGCAGAUCAUGUUCAGUGUUCUGCGCGGCAUCCGUCCAGACACGAGCUUGGACAGCCUACCUGGAGAUAUCCCAAGCAGAGAGAUACUCAUCAACCUCAUGACUUGUGGCUGGACCUCCAACCCUGACGAGCGUCCAUCGUUUCUUAAAUGUCUUAUUGAACUUGAGCCCAUGCUGCGCAGAUUUGAUGAGAUUGAACUUCUGGAGGCUGUACUAGAGGUGAUGAGAUCCAAGAUGCUGCUGAAGAUGGGCAGCCACACCACGACUCCGCUGAAAAUUGAGACGAGAGAGAAGCCGCUGGACUCGUUAAAAGAUAACAAUGCUCCUUGGCAGGACACAAGCUCCGCUUCAGGCUCUGGAUCUUACUCCUCUCAAGAACCUGACCAGCCACACUUCCUCACCAUCAGCGACCCACCCGAAAAAGACGUCAACACAGAUUCUAUGACGACCCCAUUCCCUGACCCCCCGAAGCCACUGGUGGUGCCCAGCCUUGAGGACAAUGUGAAGUACAGCCAGAGUACCCAACCUACCUCUAAGUUCAACAUCCCCUGCAAGCCCAGCAUCCCAGAGAGCACUUGUGAACCCCGUUACCAAGCCGUCUCCCAGCCCUUCAGCCCACUUGUGGCACAGGGCCUUGUUGCGCAGUGGGUGCAGGCACGGCGAGAGGAGAUCAUACGGCAGAUGACAGAGGCGUGCCUGAAUCAGAGCCUCGAUGCUCUGUUGGCACGUGACCUGCUGAUGCGAGAGGACUACGAGCUGAUCUCCAACAAGCCCACACGUACUGCCAAGGUGCGCCAACUCUUGGACACCAGCGACCGGCAGAGUGAGGAAUUCUGCCGUGUGGUUGUGCAGAAACUUCAGGAGAACCGGCAGGCCGGCUUGCAGCCCUUUCCUGAGAUGUCCUCAGCCAGCCCCACCCCAAGUGCUCCCCUUCUGACAUCCAGCUUAAACACACACAACAUAUUUUAAACCUCACCACAAGACUCAAUGCAGAUGAAAAAGGAGAUUUCCCUGGUAAACGGUGUUUGCCUCAUUGUGGGCAACAUGAUUGGCUCGGGCAUUUUUGUGUCUCCCAAAGGGGUGCUGAUGUUCAGUACCUCUUAUGGCCUGGCACUGCUCAUAUGGGCGCUAGGGGGCAUAUUCUCCAUGUUCGGGGCACUUUGCUAUGCUGAGCUGGGCACCACCAUCAUCAAGUCAGGCGCAAGUUACGCCUACAUCCUGGAGUCUUUUGGCGGGUUUCUGGCCUUCAUCCGUCUGUGGACAUCCAUCCUUCUCAUCGAGCCGGCCAGCCAGGCUGUCAUUGCCCUCACCUUUGCCAAUUACCUGGUUGAAGGUCUCUACCCCACCUGCCAGCCCCCCUACGACGCUGUAAGGCUCAUCGCAGCUGCCUGCAUCUGUAUGCUGGUCUUCAUUAACUGUGCCUGUGUGAAAUGGGGCACCAGGGUUCAGGACCUCUUCACCUACACCAAGCUCAUCUCCCUUUUUGUCAUAAUUGCUGUGGGCAUCCUGAAGAUAGUGCAAGGUCAGACACAGAAUUUCAACAAGCCAUUUGAAGGUGCUUCCACAGAUCCCGGAAGCAUCGCUCUGGCCCUGUACUCCGCCCUCUUCUCUUACUCUGGUUGGGACACCCUCAAUUUUGUCACAGAAGAAAUUCAGAACCCAGAGAGGAACCUGCCUCUGGCCAUUGCCAUAUCUAUGCCUAUAGUCACUAUCAUCUAUCUGCUGACCAACGUGGCAUACUAUGCAGUGCUCGAUAUGUCUUCGUUGCUGGCCAGUGAUGCAGUUGCAGUGACUUUUGGGAACGAGGUGCUUGGACCGUUGAAGUGGACCAUCCCCAUCUCCGUGGCGAUGUCCUGCUAUGGUGGGCUGAACGCCUCCGUCAUUGCAGCCUCCAGGCUUUUCUUUGUGGGUGCCAGAGAGGGCCAUCUGCCUCGUAGUCUCAGCCUUAUCCACGUCGAGCGCUUUACCCCUGUGCCGGCCCUCAUCUUCAAUGGAAUAAUGGGGCUGAUCUUCCUCUGUGUGGAAGAUGUCUUCCAGCUUAUUAACUACUUCAGCUUCAGUUACUGGCUGUUUGUAGGCCUGUCCGUGGCUGGACAGAUCUACCUGCGCAUCACACAGCCCGACAGACACAGGCCUGUCAAGCUGACUUUGCUGUUUCCCUACAUCUACUGCCUGUGCAGUCUGUUUCUCAUCAUUGUCCCCCUCUACUGGGACACCAUAAAUUCCCUCAUUGGUGUGGCCAUCGCCCUGUCUGGAGUUCCCGUUUAUUAUUUUGGGAUUUACCUCCCUGAAGACAGGCGCCCCAGCUUCCUCAAUCAAUUGAAUGAUGCCUUCACUCGAUACAGCCAGAUCCUGGGCUACUGCUGUCUGACAGAGUUGGACACGGAGCCUGAGACGAUGUACGACAGCAAGGCCAAAUGACAUUAACGCCCCCCCUCAACGACAGCUUUGGCAACCUAAUAUGACAGGUUCUCACAAGGUGCUGCAGUGCCAGAACAAGAAAAAAUGAAAGUGUGUGUUAGAGUGACUUUUGGUUCCAUGAAUUUUGAGUAGCAGUUGUUUAAGGUCUUUGUUUUAGUGAUGGACACUAGAGGAUAUUCAGAUAUUAUGGUUUAAAUUCCAUACCUCAUUUCUUACCAAUGAAAGGAGGAGGUGAAUGAACACUCCAGUUUGUCCAAAAGCUAUUCAAAGAUAUGUGCUAAGGCUUCUGUGACCUUUAGAGGGCAGCAGAGGCAGGCUAACUGCUGCAAAUAUGCAGUGAUUACUUGUGUUAUUACAUCACCAUACAUUUAUUUAGAACAGUUUUGUCCAACGCAAUGAAAAUAGGGUCAGCCAGUCCGUGGAGUAAUUAGGGUAAAGGGCCUUGCUGGAGAUUCCAAUGGUGACAUCACUCUGCCAGGGGAUUUCCCAGUCACGGGGUAUUCCUAACCCACAGGGCCAAACAUCGCCCCUACAUGCUGCUGUAUUUUAUUGAGGACUAUCAACAAAUAUGGAGUAUAAGCAUAAUUCCUAGUGCAAAAUGAAUACGAAAUACCACAUUUUGUUUCCAGAUGGUGCGCGUUUUAUGCUCACUUUAACAUAUGCAUUGUGUUUGCUGGCCAAAGCAGUGAAUCAAUAUGCAUUUGAGAUGGUGAAACACACUAGUGGGGAACAAAUCUUUGCACACUGAAUUAGAAACAUUUGUUUAUAUGACAGUAUUACUCAAAAUGACUUGUGAGUGUAUGAAUGUAAUAGCAUUUCCGUGUUUUUGAUGUAUGUGAUUACGAAGUUAAAUAUAAUGAGUUUGCAGGUACAUAAUAACGAA